UAUAGUCUGCAUUUUACAUUUAGAUCAUUUGAUGUUCUGGACCUAUGUAUUAUAAAUCGUAAUCCUAAAUUUUUAGAAAGAUUACGGUUGGAGAAUAAGAUUGUCUAAUGGUCAUUUGAACUUAUUUUUUAAAGAAGUAAAUCAAAACUUUCUUCAGCACUAUCUAAAAUACAAGUGCUACAAUGGAUAAAAGGAAAUUAUCGACUGCGGGCGAUAGUCUUUAUCAAAUUUUGCAAGUGCCUAAAACUGCAACGGCCGAUGAUGUCAAGAAAAGUUAUCGGAAAUUGGCUUUGAAAUACCACCCAGACAAAAAUCCUAAUAACCCAGAAGCAUCCGAUAAAUUUAAAGAAGUUAACCGAGCACAUACUAUCCUGAGUGACGCUACGAAGAGAAACAUUUACGACAAUUAUGGCUCGCUCGGACUGUACAUAGCCGAACAAUUCGGAGAAGAAAAUGUUAACGCCUAUUUCGUCGUCACAAGCACUUGGUGCAAGGCACUGUGUUGUAUUUGUGGAAUCCUAACUGGAUGUUACUUUUGCUGCUGUCUGUGCUGCUGUUGUAAUUGCUGCUGCGGCAAAUGUAAACCUCGUCCGCCUGAAGAAUCUGGUGACUAUCACACCCUGGAGCGAGAUGAUUCAGACGGAGUUCAACCUGUCACAAUGCAGCCCGGAGGUGAAGGCCGUCCGACCGGUGAACAGGCGCCACCCAUCGCAAUGCCGAUGCCCAUGCCGGCGCCGGCGUCGGGCGCCUCUGAAAAUACGGGGCUCAACACAGGGGGCAGUAUUCCAAAAUACACAUGAAGUAGUUACAUCUUAAUCUAACAUUAUUUGUAAGAGAAAUGAGGAACUGACUACUUAUUACCACCAACAAUGCACCUUUCAGCUGUAAGCCUAAAAUAUUUAUUUAUUUAUUUUAUUAAAUUUUAUAGUUUAUAUAUAUAUUUUUUUACUAUUCUUUGAUACUUUAAUUUUAUUAAACAUUAUUGUAAAAGGAAUUUGUAUUUUGUUUUUAUCGUUAUAUUGCUUAUAAAGUUUGAGUGUAAAAUCUGCAAUGUUGUAGGUAUAAGUAGUUGAUGAUUGUUGAACCUAUGUGUUAUAUAUUCAGUCAAAGCUUUAAUAUCAAUGUUCUUAAUGCUGAUUCCAUAAGUAUUACAUUUAGCGAGGAGAUGGGUUUGAAGAGAUUACUGUUUUGGAAUUAUGCCACCGUAGCUAAUGCGACCUAGUUUUAUUGUAAUGUGUUAACUUAUUCCAUUAAUUUUUUUAUAACGAAUUAAAUAAUCUAAUAUUUUCAUAGAAAAGAUUGCCAUUGUUUAUAAUGUUACUUUAAAAAUAUGUCUGUGUAUAUUUAAAUACAAAUUAUAUAAUCUAAAUUUUUUUAUUGUUGCAUUUUUAAGUUAUGGCAAUGAAAACUCAGAUUUUUUUUCCAUGAAUCUUCAAUAGGAAACUAGAGGGAUUUCGAACUCGGAUUUCUAAGAUUAUGCUAUUGAUAUAUUCAUAACGUAUAAAAACUUAGAUAUUCUAAAAUCAAUUAUGAGUCGUGCCUAUAAAUAAGAAACAUAUAGUACGUGUUAGAUUGAGCAGCUUAGCAUUUUUUUGCAAUUUAAAUGAUCUUGAUGUAAGUAUGUAUACCAAUUGUUGUUGUAAAAUGUCCUUUCCCAAAUAUUUAUUUAGCCUAAUACAAUCUGGCCUAGAAUUAUAAAAAAUUACGCUCAAAGUUGCAUACUAUAUCAGAAAUUCAAUAAUUCGAUAUAUUUUAUAUGUUACGUCCACUCAAACGUGUUACGAAACUGUUUUAUCCUACUAUAUAAUCAAAUGUAUGAGAAAGAAUUUGUUAUACGAUGUUCAUGAAUUCACUGUUUAUACCGGUUUUUUUUUGUUAGAAAUCUUGAAUUGAUAAUUAGAGGCCAUGUUAAAGUAUAUUUAUGAUCAUAAACCGGUUGCCGUAAUUAUAUUAAGCUUUACAUAUGUAUAUAAAUGUGUCGUCUGAAUAUGAAGUAUUAAAUAUAACUUCUUUGAAUUCG